AUGCCACCAGUCAAUAAGUUUAGCGUAGGCUUUCUAGUAAAAAUGCAGCCUCCGGGUCCGCAGACCUUGUCUAUGGUCGAAUCCAUGGUGUGCCACAAACCUUUGUUGGUACCCAGGUUAAAAUCUUACCUGGAUCUUCCAAUUAAGCUCAGUGGCCCAGUAGUUCCAGUAAACCUUCCAAAUCCAAACGGUGUCCGAAUGUCUCCUUUCAGAGCAAUGGCAGCUGUCACAGGAUCAACGAUUACUCCCUGGGCCAAAACGGCCAUACAGGAAAGCAGGACCAAUACAGCUGGAAUCAUUUUAACAGGUUGUGAACCCGAAGAACUCUACUUAUACUUCUAGCGUACAGUGGCGUACAUAAGAGUUCAGGGAAGCCCAUGGGUCUCAAUGGGGGAGGAGAG